CAUCGCCUACUCACAGGCCAGCAACACGGUCGAUGACAAAGCCUACGGGUACCCCGUCAUUAGGACGACUUACAUCUCUCGAUGAGAACAAUAUCCUAACCGUUUCCCCUGAACGCGAGUCAGCCUUGAGUUCGGGAUCAGAGUUGAAUGAUACCGCACGAUCAAGACCGAGAAGAAGACGGAGCAAGUCUAUUUUGGCGAGUGAUGUUGAGGAUGAGGAAGAGAUUGUGCUGAAGGAGACGUUCUGGGCAAGGAUUGCGCGUGUCUACGAGCUCCAAAGAAAAGCACUUCAUUCUUCCAUCGGCUUCCUUGCACUUGCGAUGUACUGUGCCGGUGUCGAGGCCACCUCGGUUACCCCUUUCCUCCUCUACAUGUUGGUCCCAAUCGUUGCGGCCGAUUGGCUCCGUUUCAAUUAUCAAAACUUCAACAACUUCUACAUCCGUGUCCUCGGCUUCUUGAUGCGUGAGUCGGAACGUAUGGGAUGGAAUGGAGUUAUCUGGUAUCUCGUCGGUGCCUGGACAGUAAUGAAAUUCUUCCCCAAGGACAUUGCCAUUGUUUCUCUUCUUCUUCUUUCGUGGUGCGAUACUGCUGCCUCUGGCUUCGGUCGUGCGUGGGGACGCUACGGUCCUUCCCUUCGCCCCGGCAAGUCCCUCAUCGGUACCCUUUCUGCUGCCGCGGUUGGUUCUGCUGCUGGUUACCUUUUCUGGGGCGUAUUGGCUACUUACAAGGACGAGUACUUCUUCCCCGGAGGUGGAUCUGCCGAAACCUUGAGCUGGAACCCGAAGACCAGCAAGGUCAGUUUGGGAGGUUUGUGCGCCAUCACGGGUAUCAUUGGAGCUUUCGCCGAGCAAUUGGAUGUCUUUGGCCUGGAUGACAAUGUGGUCAUUCCUAUUGUCAGCGCAUGCUUGUUGCAGGUGGUUGUGAAGUACAUCAUCUAGGCGUCAAAAGGCCAAAUGUUCAGAGCGAACGGAGGAUCUGAAGGUGAGCACGAUAUCGAGGAGGGAGAAAGAGGUUGUUUUGGGAUGUAAUGAGGCUGAGUGGCUUUACGAAUAUUCAACAUUCACGAAGCGUGGUACGAUAGAUUGCGCAAUAUAUGCAAGAUUAGGGUUUCUUGUGCUGCGGCGUUGUUCAACCGGCGUUCGUUCGGUGCUUUUGAUUUAGAUCGCAUACCUUUGGGUCAAUAAUAAGGUUUGUACAUACCAGUCUGGGCC